UUGGUUUUUCACAUGAACUUGCCGCUAGGUGGUAAGCUGGCUCCUUCCCCCGCAGCAGCGAGGACUGGUGAAGGCAGCUGGUCAGGAUUAUUCCCUGCUCCUUUUGAAGUCGUAAUCUCCUGGUGCCAUGUCUUUGUGGAGCCGGAGCCGAACCCCCCGUCCGACGGCGCGGGGGAAAAAUUGCUGUGGGCACUUUCACCAGGCUCCGAUUCGGGAAGCGUUGGACCGAUGCUGUGGCUGCCGGGGCCGGGGUGGCACUGGGACGGGGGCUGCGGCGAGGCCGGGGGAGCCGAUUUCCUACACGUGCCGGUGAUGCCGAAGCACGAAAUGGGGAGAAGAACCCGCGACGGCUGGUGUGGAUGGAAAAGCGCUGCGAGGGCUGAAGCUGCCAUGGCGGCAGGGGCUGGGUUUGCUCUGCGGGAUGGCAACGGGGUGCUCCGGCUUCCUGGUUGCGAGUGCCGUCAUCUGAGUCACUUCCAGGCAUCCGACCCCGUCAGGUUUUGCUUCGUUGCUUCCCUUUGCUCAACUGCGAUGGGGAAAAUCAGGACGGACUGAAAACGGCAGAGGAGGUGCAUGGGAGCGGCCGGAGGAGGAUGGCUUCUCGCUCACGCAAGCGUUGGGUGCACCAGGAGCCUUUUGGUUUGGAAGCUCUGGCCAUGGAACAGAAAGGCUAUCGACGGGGGAGUUUCCAGAGCAGCACUAGCGAUGAAGAUAUGCUGGAAAUAGCAGGAGCAUCUCUGGACUUCUCCAUGGUUGAUGAUGACCCGCCACUCGACAGGGAGAUGGGAGGAUUUUCCUCAUAUAAUGGAGGAGGGAUGAACGGCACAAGCACAAUGAUGGAUUUCCUGGAGGAACCUCUUCCUGGUGUGGGGACCUACGAAGAUUUUAACACUAUAGAUUGGGUGCGAGAGAAGUCCAGGGACCGGGACAGACACAGAGAGAUCACCAGUAGAAGUAAAGAGUCCACGUGGGCGCUGAUACACAGCGUGAGCGAUGCCUUUUCUGGCUGGCUGUUGAUGCUUCUCAUCGGGUUGUUGGCAGGUUCCUUAGCGGGUCUGAUAGACAUUUCUGCCCACUGGAUGACAGAUUUGAAAGAAGGAGUGUGUUUAGCAGGCUUCUGGUUUAACCACGAGCACUGCUGCUGGAAAUCCAACACAACCUUCACGGACAGAGACAAGUGUCCCGAGUGGAAGAGCUGGUCCCAGCUGAUCCUCGGCCACGGAGAGGGGGCUUUUGCGUAUAUUCUCAACUACUUCAUGUACGUUAUCUGGGCCUUGUUAUUCUCCCUUCUGGCUGUGUUACUUGUGAAGGGGUUUGCUCCAUAUGCCUGUGGCUCAGGGAUCCCAGAGAUCAAAACUAUCUUAAGUGGUUUCAUCAUUAGAGGCUACCUGGGCAAGUGGACACUGAUCAUCAAAACCAUCACCUUGGUGCUGGCGGUGUCCUCCGGGCUGAGCCUGGGCAAGGAGGGGCCCCUGGUGCACGUCGCCUGCUGCUGUGGGAACAUCUUGUGUCACCUCUUCACCAAAUACAGGAAGAACGAAGCGAAGCGCAGAGAGGUUUUAUCAGCAGCUGCAGCUGCUGGUGUGUCUGUAGCUUUUGGUGCACCGAUUGGAGGAGUGCUCUUUAGCCUGGAAGAGGUCAGUUACUACUUUCCUCUCAAGACGCUGUGGCGCUCCUUCUUCGCUGCUCUGGUCGCCGCGUUUACCCUGCGCUCCAUCAACCCUUUUGGGAACAGCCGCCUGGUUCUCUUCUACGUGGAGUUUCACAUGCCAUGGCAUCUUCUGGAGCUCGUGCCCUUCAUCCUUUUGGGAAUAUUCGGUGGGCUCUGGGGAGCUUUCUUCAUUCGCAGCAACAUUGCCUGGUGCAGGCGCCGCAAGACGACCAAGCUCGGCAAAUACCCUGUGCUGGAGGUGUUUGUGGUGACCGCCAUCACGGCCAUUCUGGCCUUCCCCAACGAGUACACCAGGAUGAGCACCAGCGAGCUGAUUUCUGAGCUCUUCAAUGACUGCGGGAUUUUGGACUCAUCCAAGCUCUGCGAGUACGUGAAUGAUUUCAACAGCACCAAAGGGGACGACCUGCCGGACCGAGCUGCUGGCCCAGGAGUCUACACAGCCAUGUGGAAGCUGGCUUUGGCCCUGAUAAUGAAGGUCUUCAUCACGAUCUUCACCUUUGGCAUGAAGGUGCCCUCGGGUCUCUUCAUCCCCAGCAUGGCGGUGGGCGCGAUAGCGGGCAGGUUGCUCGGCGUGGCCGUGGAGCAGCUGGCCUAUUACCACCACGACUGGGCCAUCUUCAGCGGCUGGUGCAGCCAAGGCGCCGACUGCAUCACUCCCGGCCUCUACGCGAUGGUGGGGGCUGCAGCCUGUCUAGGCGGAGUGACCCGAAUGACCGUGUCACUAGUGGUCAUUAUGUUUGAGCUCACUGGUGGGCUGGAAUACAUCGUUCCUCUGAUGGCAGCAGCCAUGACCAGCAAGUGGGUGGCCGAUGCCAUCGGGCGAGAAGGCAUUUACGACGCCCAUAUUCGCCUCAACGGAUACCCUUUCUUGGAAGCCAAGGAAGAGUUCUCUCACAAGACGCUUGCGAUGGACGUAAUGAGGCCAAGGAGGAACGAUCCUCCUCUGACUGUCAUCACUCAGGACAGCAUGACCGUAGAAGACGUCGAGACCAUCAUCAACGACACCACGUACAGUGGCUAUCCCGUGGUGGUGUCACGGGAGUCCCAAAGGCUGGUCGGAUUCGUCCUCAGGAGAGACCUCAUCAUUUCAAUUGAAAAUGCCCGGAAGAAGCAGGAUGGGAUUGUGAGCACCUCAAUUAUUUAUUUCACUGACCACUCUCCUCCGCUGCCUCCAAGCUCCCCCUCGAUGCUGAAACUCAGGAGCAUCCUGGACCUCAGUCCUUUCACAGUCACAGACCAAACUCCCAUGGAAAUCGUCGUGGAUAUAUUCCGCAAGCUGGGAUUGCGCCAGUGCCUGGUUACUCACAACGGGAAGCUGCUGGGGAUCAUUACCAAAAAGGACGUAUUAAAGCACAUUGCACAGCUGGCUAACCAGGACCCAGAUUCCAUACUCUUCAAUUAAAGGCAGAGUAGUAGGUAUUGUGUGUUCAACACAAAAGAAACUUUACAGACCAUCCUGGAUAUACUUUCCUAUUUUUAUUGAGACCAUGGAACUGUUUUCAGCGUUUCCUUCCGUGGAGCUGAAGAAGAUAAUUUUUUCCUACCAGAUAACCAAUUGCACUACAUAAUCUGUGGAACGUAAUCUUCUUUUUAGAAGAAAAAAAAAAAACCAAGACUUUAUUUCCGUUGCUUUUGUGAAGUUGCAUUGGAAAGAUUCCAUGAAGGAGUAAAAGCAAAAUGCUAUAGAAUUAUAUCUCCUCUUCUUCUUUUAUUUGAACUCUUGUUACUAACGUGGGGAGGAAAAGACAAGGUCUAUACCUUCAGAAAUUUUGAAGGAGAAGGAUGAUUUUGCACACAGCGUUCAGGUGGCGGCAGAAAGAUGCGGUUGUAACUCAGGGGUGGUGUAUUCCCAAUUAGCCACUUGGUAAAAACGAGAACCUUGUAAAGUCAAAAUAGGGGAGGGGGAAAAAAAUAAUUGGCUAGCUGAGGAUGUUUUGCUGGAAGAGGGGAAAAAAACCCCACAAACCCAACCCCCCAACCCCCCCCCCCCCCCCCCCCCCCCCCCGAAGACCAGAUCUUAAAAUUGGGCCCAGUUUCUAAUUGGGAAGAAGCUUAUUUUGAUUAAUGUUCUGUGAAUGUAUUUAAUUACUCUGACGCCGCCUUGCCAGGAGAACCCCGAGGAGGCGGCAGAAGGAGUUAACACUUGUAUUCUCGUCGUGAUCCCUUUUUUUAGAUACAUGCCUAAGGGUUUCUCCUCCUCGAUUUCCCUCGAGCGUGCGAUGGAAUGGCAGAGCUGAGCCCUGAGCUGGGUUACUGCGCUUCCCAGUGACCUCCGAUGCCGCAAGGUUUUGCACAACCGACCUCCUUCCUCAGCAGUGUCUUAGGUGGCUGCGGAUGCGCGCGGGACAGCCCCGCGCCCGGGACGUCUGCGUGGGUGCGUGCGCUGCUCCCGGCCCCGCUCCUCAGCCCCGCGCCCGACUCAGGCCCGGACCCCGGCUCUGGGAUGGGCAGCACCGCCACUUUACGGACCCGCACCGCUCGGUGCCUCUCCUCUUGCCGACAACUAUGCAAUAAAGCCCUUGCUGACCGCUGUCAGCCGAGUAACUCCUUCCACGUCUGUGCUCCUUGAGACCCAGAUCUUAGCAAAUUAUUUUCCUGUUAAUAAAAUUGUGACCGUUUACUGGAA